UAAGCACUACACUUGCAAAUCAAUUUCAAAUGCUAAAAAAUAAUUUAAAAAAAAGGGAGGGAGAGAAAGGGUUUGCAACUACAUAGUCACAAUUUCCUUUUCCUCGUUUGUUUUGAGCCUUCUUGACAAGGUCUAAUCCAUUUCGCUGCAUUUCUGUAAGUACCAGCAACAUCACAAACAUAUACAAUUAUACAAGAGUUAAUACUCAAAUUCGUCCCUAAAAGAUACCUCGAUCUCCAUAUUAGUCCCCGAAAGAUAAAGUUAAUCAAAAAAGUCCUUGAAAGAUACACGACUAAAUCAAGUUCGUCCUUCCGUCAAAUCGCUUAAUGACUUGGCUAACGUCUGCUGAUAUGUGACGUUAACUACCACGCUGGCAGAGAAGAAAAACGACGCCGUUUUAAGUGAAUGCCCUGAUAGUCAUGUCGGCGUCGUUUUGUGGGCAGAACGGAGAUUUUGUGGUUGGUUGGUUUUAAAAUGUGUGAAGUGAAGCAGCAAGAGAGGAACGUGUGGAGAUGGGUAAAGGCAACCCACAGAGAAGAAGCACCAGCGACGAGCUCCAUACGGCGGCAAGGUUCGGUGAUCUCGUCGCUGUUCAGAUGAUUUUGACUUCAAACCCUUUGGCUGUUAAUUCCAGAGACAAGCAUUCGAGAACACCAUUUCAUUUAGCAGCAUUUGCUGGACAUGCAGAGAUAGUAAGUUAUCUGUGCAAGAAUAAGGCUAAUGUUGGUGCUUCUGCUAUGGAUGACAUGGCCGCAAUACACUUUGCCACUCAGAAGGGGCAUUUGGAAGUUGUUAAGGCUCUAGUUGCAGCUGGUGCAUCCAUCAAGGCUUGUACUCGCAAAGGCAUGAAUUCAUUACACUACGCAGCUCAAGGUUCCCAUCUAGAGCUUGUUAGGUACUUGGCCAAGAAAGGGGCGAGUCUUACUGCCAAGACAAGGGCAGGAAAGACUCCUUUGGAUCUUGCUAACAAUGAAGAAGUCCGCUCAUUUCUGGAGGAAUUCGAAAGAUCAGCCAAGAACAGAGCAUCUAGCAACAAAAAUAAAGCUGAACAAUCUGAUCCAAAAGCAUCCACGUUGGAAUCAGAAGAUAAUUCAAGUGCCAAACAGCCUGCAGUGGCUGUCGAUGAAGAAAAUGGUGACGGAGAGAAGACAGAGACUAAUGAGGAUGACGAAAAUAGUGAUAGAGAGAAGAGGAAGGCUAACGAAGAGGAUGCAAGAGAAGACUCAUCACAAUCAAAAAGGGCAAAAGUUAAGUUGAGCCAUCUCCAAAGUUCAGAUGAUAUCCAAGAAGAAGAAGAAGAAGACAUGUAGGUUGGCAGAGGCAUAGUGUAGUAGAA